AUGAUCGAAUGGGGAGAAUUUCCCGCCGCCCCUCUAGCGGCUGUGGCUGCCGCCGCGAUUGGCGGAGCGGCGACCAUCGCGAUGGCGGGCGGAUUCGGCGGGAAUCGGGAGGCAGCGAGAGCGGCCGUCCGACGUGGCAUGGAGCUAUUCGUGGAGAACGACGUGCAGGGCUCGGUUGUGGAGUUUGACAGAGCACUACAGCUGGACCCCUCGCAGGAGCCCUACCUUUGGCAGCGGGGGCUUUCACUCUACUACCUUGGAAGGUUCCAGGAAGCAGCGGACCAGUUUCGCAAGGACGUGGCGGUGAACCCCAACGACACGGAGGAGGCCAUCUGGUGUUCCUUGAGUGAGGCGCGCGAGGUGGGCCCACAGCAGGCGAGGCAGCAGUUCCUGCUCGUGGGGCAGGACCCGCGCCCGGUCAUGCGUGCUGCCAUGGACGUCUUUCAGAAGGGCGGCGACCCUAAAAAGAUCCUAGCAGCAGCAGCUGCUGACUUCGGGCGGCCAUCUGCACUGUUCUAUGCAAAUCUCUACGUUGGUUUGUUUCACGAGAGCGAGCUGAAGGGAUUCACAGGAGCUGCUGUAAACGCCAACACCACGGGCACGCCCCUUACAUUCCCCGUUGCCCCCUUGUGCUUCCAUGUCCACUCGCCCUUCCCUUCCCUCCUCUUUGACCCUCCCAAGUCAUCAUCAUGUGCCUCAUGA